GCAGCCUACAUGACCGCGUCUCCGCGUCACGCUUGACGUCGUCAGAAUCAUCUGUGCAUUUGAAUGAGCUUUCAAGUAGAUAGAUGACGCUUUUAGUUUGAGAUCGCUUCCGAGACGGACUCAUCUGUACUUUUGUUUUGCUCGGAAAAUAUUCGAGCCCGCUCACACGGCAACCGCUCCUCAACAAUACUUUCGGCAAGUUCCGUCAAGCGAAUCGAUGCUGGAAAUCCUGCGCCAUGGACUCUCUGCACUGUUACUGCAGUACAGCGGACGUAGACACCACGCACAUGCUGCGGUGCACAAAAUGCAAGCUUUAUUUUCAUCCAGGGUGCCUGAAGAGCAGCAAUCGGAGUACACUUGUCGGCGACCUGUUCUUCAAGCUGACUUGCGACCGAUGCUCCCCGGAUAACGUAGAGGUCUUGGAGCGCCUGAAGAUGCAGUGGAUUCAGGUCAUCAUGCUCACCCUGUACAACCUCCACGUGAGUGGCACCAGCGGGAAGCUUGGCUACUUCCGAUGGCGGGAGCACAUUUGCAGCUUCAUUGACAAGCACUGGACUACAUUCUUUGGAGACAGAAAACGGACAGCGACGUUCCGCGGCACCGUCGCCGGAGUGCUGUCGUCUGGAUGUCCGCUGCUGUUCCAAUCCGGAUGGUCCAAACUCGGAGAGAACGGAUGGUGGACGCUGACCACAAUGAAGCCCCCAUCGCCCGCUGAUUUUGAGGGCCCCACCACUCUUCUGGCCAUGUGCCGAAAGGCAAAGAUGGCCCCUGUGGUGACAGUAGAAGAGACUCUGCCUGUUUUGGACACUCCCCGUCGACGUAAUGCCGCAAGUUCACUUCAGGCAGCUAUGCACCUCAAGGAGAGGCGGGCUCUGAUCAAGCCUGUGGUAGACUCUUGCAACUCAGACAUGCCUGACAAGAUCCACAUCAAGACUGAGCCCGUUGACACGGGCGACGACACGACAACAAGUUCAUCGUUCGACAUGCACGACAGCCUGAUGACACCCGAAGACUUCCAUUGGAAUACCGACCAAGACCUCUUUGGGAGUGACCUUUUUCGGCAUGAUUUGCUCAAUGUGACAGAACCUGCGAGUGAUCCUGUUGAUAUUGUUUCCACGUCUUCUGACAAUCUUGAAGAUGGCCUCUUGCCAGUGAAAGUGGAGGCCGAGGACGACGAAGCCCUGGACCUGGAAGAUUUCGACGUCCAAGAGGCGGCCACCAUGGAUGCCAGCUACUUUGGCGUCCAGUCUCCCAAGGUUGAGGACAUUGUUGGCAUCUUGAAUACUGACGGCAAUGUGGCUGCAACUGAAGAAGUCGUAGCAGGUAAUAUGGAUGACGACGAAGGGUCAAUGAUGAGCAUCAAAGAGGAACCAGUGAGCGACGCAGAGAGCAGCUCGACAGAGACAUCCCACUCGCGUGCAUCGGGUACCGCGAAAAAGCACAGGAUGGACGAGAGAGGGCUGCAGGCCACCAUCAAAGAAGAAGCUGCACCCAAAAAGCCAAAGUGUGUCCCAAUGAGCAUCUACGAAGAACACCAACUGCUGAGCCAGAUAGAGAAGUAUGCCCAGAAGAUUUCUCUCCCCCCUGAAGCGCAGAGGCUCAGAAGGAAGCUUCUUGUCAGGCAGAUCAAGCGGGCUCGCAACAUUCCAGUUUUCGACCUUGAUGCCCUAGCUGACCAGCUCUCGCGUCAGCCGCACAAGGAUUCGCAACAGGAAGUUCACCGGCCUAGACGGAACACUAAAGACGUGCUGGACCGAUUUCAGGUGACUAUAGGAACAGCUCGCAUGGGAGCUCAAAGCCACGUUUCAUUCGUGACCCGCAUACUUGGCCUGGAAGAGGAACAGCUGGAGUGCAUAGUCAGCCCAUACACCCAAAGAACACUGAAGCCCUUCAUCUUCAGGGACUUUGAAGCGAGGCCUUUGAGACUGAAACUCCUGGAGGAAAUACUUUCCCACAGAUUCAAUGCAAGGUUCAGGGAGGAGUCUGUAACGCAGCCUGCCGAGCAGCAUCCCAUCGACUUCUGCUACGUGAGGCCACAACACAUACCCGUUGUCAACGCCAUGUGCCGCACCUUCUUUUGGCCCGGCAUUGACUUGUCUGAAAGCCUCCAGUACCCUGAUUUCAGCUGCGUCGCCAUGUACAGGAAACUAGUGGUGGGGUUCGCCUUCAUGGUGCCCGACGUCAAGUUCAACGAGGCGUACAUCCCCUUCAUCUUUACACACCCCGAGUGGCGGAGAUCGGGCAUUGCAAAGUUCAUGCUCUACCACUUGAUUCAGACAUGCAUGGGAAAAGACGUCACGCUACACGUGUCUGCGACCAAUCAAGCAGUGCUGCUGUACCAGAAGUUUGGAUUCAAGGUGGAGGAGCUCAUCCUGGACUUUUACGACAAGUACUUCCCCGCCGACUCCAAGGAAUGCAAGCACGCCAUGUUUCUGCGGCUCAGUAGAUAGCCCCUCACCUCACCCUCAUUCUGCAGAAACAUCAUUACUCAUAUGUAAAUAAACAUGAUGCCACAGAAGCUAAA